AUGAUAAACCUAAUUCUUACUCUGAUUCUGCCUGCAGUUUUGAUACUGUGGUUGAAGAAAUGGAAAAAUAGCAAGGCAAUGAAUAAAUUGCCACCUGGCCCGAAAACUCUUCCUAUAAUCGGAAAUCUUCACCAAAUCAGCUAUCCUACCUUCCGUUGCUUUACAGAUCUGUCGAAGCAGUACGGCCCCUUAAUGCGUCUCAAGCUUUGCGGGACCAGCGCUGUCGUCGUCUCGUCCCCCGAGCUGGCGAGGCAAAUGCUUAAAGAUCUCGACCCCAACUACGCGGACAAGCCGCGGAUCGUGGUGGCCGAGAUCAUGUUCUACCACGCCAGCAGCAUUGUCUUCACCCCCUACGGCGACUACUGGCGCCAGAUGAGGAAGCUCUGCACCAUCGAGCUUCUCAGCCCCAAAAUGGUGAGAUUGUUCCAAACCAUUCGGAAUGACCAGAUCGGGCGGCUGAUCAACUCCCUGCGCGAAUCUUCUGGAAGCGCCGUGAAUUUCACGGAGAUGAUUUUGUACAACUCCAACUCCAUCACCUGCCGCGCUGCGUGCGGCGGCGUGGUGAAGGACAACGAGACGCUCAUGAAGCUCAUGCUUGACUCGACUAAGGUUAUCACGAAUUUCGAGAUCGCGGAUAUGUUCCCGUCGUCGAGGAUUGCGAGCGCGUUGAGCUGGACGAAGCCGCGGAUCAGGACGAUGCGCAACAAGCUCGAUGUGAUCAUGGACGAAAUCAUCGAACGGCAUAAGAGAAAUCGGCGCUCUGGCUUGGGGAAUUCGGAGUUUGGGAGUGAGGAUUUGGUUGAUGUGUUUCUUAGGGUUCAGGAGGAAGGGGAGCUCAAGUAUCCUAUCACCAAUGACAACAUCAAGGCUGUGUUGUAUGAUAUUUUCAUAGGUGGAACUGAAACCUCGUCAACAACUAUUGACUGGGCGAUGGUGGAACUAUUGAGGCACCCUGAAGCCAUGGCCAAGGCACAAGCUGAAGUGAGAAGAGUCUUGAAUGAAAAUAACGAUGAACGCACUUUCAAAUAUCUAAAAUAUGUGAUCAAAGAGACGUUGAGGCUGCACCCGCCGGCUCCAGUUCUGCCUAGAGCUUCCAAGGAAGAAAAAGUGAUCGAUGGGUACACCAUACCGGCAGGACAAACGGUGCUUUUUAAUAUUUGGGCAAUGCAAAGGGACCCGAGGUACUGGAAAGAUCCUGAGAAGUUUGAGCCCGAGAGAUUCGAGAAUCUCUCUGUAGAUUUUCUUGGUGGUGAUCAUCAGUUUUUGCCCUUCGGAGGUGGGAAAAGAAUGUGCCCUGGGCUGACGUUUGGUACGACUACCGUGGAGUCGGUUUUAGCCCAAUUGCUCUACAACUUUGAUUGGAAACUUCCGGCCGGUGUCACGCCUCAGGAUUUAGACAUUACUGAAAACGAUGGGAUAACAGCCGCACGAAAAAACAAUUUGUUUGUAGUUGCCACUCCGUAUCAGUAGUUGAUAACCAACUAUUGAUUUUCUCAUAUAAGAUUACUAUUUGUAACUUUUACAAUAUAGUGUCCUCUUCAAUAAGAGAAAACAUAGUUCACGAUUAUA